ACAAAUCAGAUUAACGUUUGGCGAGUUCACCAUCAGUCUAAACUUUAUGGCCUUGUUUUUAAAUCUAAGUGUGAUGAGUUUUUAUAUGUCAAAUAUGUGACCAUUUUGUCAAACUUAGAUAUAUAAGCGCUUAAUUUCCAACCUCUAAACCUUUGAAUUUCCCGCAAUGCUACAGGUGUCACGUGACCACAUGUCUCCGUCCUGAUUAGCUGCAUUCUCUUCCGCUUCUGGGAGCUACGUUUCUAUUGGCUGGCUGCGUUGUAGCGCCAACAGUUCAAUAAAAGGCGAGUGGACAAUAGCGACUGUCCUCACUCUCCGCUUUUGUAUGUCUGUUGCAUGUAGUCUAGCAGUUCUAGUUAAUUUCUCUCUUUCCUUUUUAGCUUGGUCAUUUUAACUUAAUUUAUUUUAUUUAUCCGUCUGAACCCUUAGGAGAUUGAAAUGCAUUCUGCUCGUUCUCCUCGAUCUCCUCUGUUCCUGAAGAUUGAACAGGCUAGGAGCAGCCGGAUCAGCAACAUGGCACUGGACAGAGAAAACACGAUCUACCAGGCGGAGAACCCCUUCGACUUCAUGGAGAACAUCUCUCUGGAGGGAAAGACCAACUUCUUUGAGAAACGCGUGGGAGAGUACCAGAGGAUGGGCGUGAUGUCCGGCCCUACAGACAACACCUUCAGACUGGACGCUGACUUCUGACGAAGCAGCUGCAGGAGGACUCUUUGGUCACAGGUUAAAAGUCCACUAGAUUGGACUUUGGACUUAAUUUUAAAGUGUCCCUGUUUCUGUUCUAGGUGGACAACAGUGAGCUGUGCCAAGACUAGUUUUAUCAAAUCUGUGUUUAGUUUUGUAAUUUUUGUACAGAAUUUAGUCAUGUUUUUUGUAAUAAAUUUAAAUGCAUUUCAUGUGAA